UACAUACACACAGACAUGUGAUUGCUCCAAAUUCUUGCCUAAAAAUUCUAAACAGUUUUUAUUGACUUUGAAUCUUGUAUAAAAUAGAGUCGGAUUGAAAAGGGAGAUCAUUCUAUUCGUUUACUCCGAACUAAGAAAACAUACCUAUCAUCAUGAACUCCCUUAUUUGCUUGUUCGCUGUUUUGGCUGUCGCUAACGCUGGAUACCUCGCCGGCAACAACUUGUACAGUAGCGGUCUCUACAGCUCUGGAAGCUACAUCUCCAACCCUGCAGUGCAAUACGUUCACUCUGCCCCAGCUGUCCAGGUUGUCCGUGCUGCUGCUCCAGUCUACCGCUCAGCUCCAAUCUACCACUCUGCUCCAAUUGUUUCAUCUCAAAUCGUAUCUUCUCCAAUCGUCUCUGCUCCAGUCUACCGUUCAUCUCCAAUCAUUUCAUCAUACUCAGCUCCUCUUGCCGCUUCAGUCCCACUUUCCCACUCAUACGGACUCUCAUACGGUUCAUACGGACCAAGGUACGCCAACUACGCCGUUGGAGGAUUCUUGAAACGUCAAUAAAAACCUACAAAUAGCAAUUAAAAAA